AUGGCAUCUCGGAUUCCCCCGUCUCUUGUUGGAUCUGCGCGCUGCGCUAUCCUCUUGAAGACGUGGCGGCACGCGAUUGCAGUGCGCGUGGGACGCUUCAACGAGAAAGAGCAGUGCGCUCUGCGCUCCCCCCGUGCGUCGCUCGGCUUCUCCCCUCUGCGACCCAAGCCCGUGGCUAAGCCGCCCAGCAAGAAGCCCAGGCCGAGGGAUGUGAUGGGUACCGCUGCUGCUGUGAAGCCCAGAGCGGUGCAGAGCGGUCAAGCGACCGUCGCAGCUGCAGCAGUCAAAGCCACGCCAGCUAAGGUGACGCAUGCAAAGGCGACGCCAGCUAAGGUGACGCCGGCUAAGGCGACACCUGCUAAGGCAGCGGCAGCCAAGGCGACGCCCGCCAAGGCGACGCCUUCCAAGGCGACGCCAGCUAAGGCGACGCCAGCUAAGGCUACGCCGCCAGCUAAGGCGACGCCAGCUAAGGAGACGCCGCCAGCUAAGGCGACAUCAGCUAAGGCGACACCAGCUAAGGCGACACAUGCAAGCUCUACUGUCGCGGUAGGUGUGAAGGCUGCAGGUGCAAGCAGCCCCGCAGUAGCAGCAGCAGCAGCUCCCCACAGCCCGAAGACGGGUCUGGUUGGUGGGUCUGGAAUCCCCAGACCGGGUGUUGUGGGAGAGAUGGGAGGAGAGGUGGAGGAAGGUGAGCUGGAAUGGGGAGGCAUGGCAUGA